AAUAAUCCUAAAGUAAAGCUAGACCACCGAAGAACAGCAAAGUUGAAAAUCGCACAAAACUCAGUCUACCUUUUUGUUUCUUUAUCCCCUAAUUUUCGUAUUUGGGAAUUAAAGUCAUCAACGAAGAAACAAUCUUUCCUUCCUCAAUUUCCAAUGGCUGAAAUCGUUGUUAGCGCCGUAAUUACUGUUUUAUGUGAGAAGCUAAUCUCUGGUGACUUGAUGAAGCUGGCUCGAUCGAAGGAAUCGAUUCUCAGCUGAAUAAAUGGAAGAAAACCUUGCAGCUGAUCCAAGCCGUGCUCGCUGAUGCAGGCCGGAAGCAGAUAACAGAGAGGUCUGUUCAAUUAUGGCUAAACGAUCUCCAAGAUUUGGCAUACGACAUAGACGAUGUACUCGAUGACAUGGCCACCGAAGUUAUCCGCCGGAAGUUGAAUCAAGAAUCCCAUGCCAGCACUAGCAUAAGUAAGGUAUCGAAGUCAUCCCAAGUUGUUGUACUAAUCUCACUCCGCGUAACAUUAUGUAUGGUCGCCAGAUGAGUAAUAAGCUAGAUGAGAUUACCACGAAAUUGCAUGAUCUUGUUGACCAGAAAAAUGAUCUGGGUCUGAUGUGAAUGUUGAAAGGUCAAAUAAAACAGAGAGACGAUUAGAGCAAACUUCACUGGUUGACGAGUCCAAGAUCAUGGGUAGGGAAGAUGAUAAAGUCGCAUUGCUCGAGAAGUUGUGGAACGAAUCAUCCGAUCAAAAUGUGAGCGUGGUUUCCAUUGUUGGUAUGGGUGGGAUAGGCAAAACUACUCUUGCCAAAGUUUUGUACAAUGAGGAGAUGAAGGAUCACUUUGAACUCAGGGCAUGGGUUUGUGUUUCAGAAGAGUUGGAUGUCUUUAAUAUUAGUUAUGCUAUUUUUUCAAGCUGUUUGUGGGGAGGAAGACGAUUUUCUAAUCUUGAUCUGCUUCAUGUGGCCCUGAAAGAAAACCUUGUAAAUAAAAGGUUCUUACUUGUUCUAGAUGAUGUGUGGAAUGAAGAUCAAAGUAAGUGGGAACUCCUCCAGAGUCCUCUUGUAGGGGCAACUGGAAGUAAAAUAUUGGUGACAACAAGGAAUACGAGGGUUGCAUCAGUGAUGGACUCUGAUGAAGCUUACCAUCUUGAGGUUUUAUCAGAUAAAGAUGCUUUGUCUUUAUUCGCUCAACAUGCGCUUGGUGAAAAAAGCUUUGAGAAACAUCCAACACUCAAAUCGCAUGGAGAAGGUAUCGUGAAGAAAUGUGGUAGAUUGCCUUUGGCUUUGAAAACGCUUGGAAAGGUGUUGAAGUCGAAUAGAAAUGAUGAUGAAUGGGAGAGGUUGUUGAAUAGUGAGAUAUGGGACAUACAUGAUGGAAGUGAGAUUCUUCCGGCUCUAAGACUAAGCUACUAUCAUCUCCCUCCACAUUUGAAGUUGUUGUUUGCAUACUGCUCUUUGUUUCCUAAAGACAUCGUAUUCGACAAGAAAGAACUUGUCCUAUUGUGGAUGGCAGAAGGAUUUUUGUCACAAGAAAAUGGUAACAAGUCAAUGGAGAGUUCCGGAUAUCGAUAUUUUGAAGAGCUAAAGUCGAGGUCAUUUUUUCAACAUUCAACGAAUGGCGAAUUAGGAUAUAUGAUGCAUGACCUGAUAAAUGACUUAGCCACAAGUGUUGUGGGAGAGUUUUUCUUUAGACUGGAUGAAGAGAUGGAUGCAUCCGAAAGGAACCAAACUUUUGAGAAAUUUCGUCACUUUUCAUUUAUAGGUCCACGAUGGGCAGCGUAUAAAAAGUUAAACAAAUUACAAAGAGCUAGACGUUUGCGAACUUUCUUACAUAUACAGGUUGGUUGGGGUAGUCAUGGAUUAUUGGAUAAGGAUCUUGCUGAUUUACUUCCUCUUUUAAAGUUCCUAAGGGUGCUAAGCCUAACAAACCGGAUAAUCACAGGGGUACCACAAUCUAUUGGUAGUCUCAAGCAUCUACGGUAUCUAAAUUUUUCCAACACUGGAAUCACAAGUUUACCCGAUCAAGUAGGUGACCUUUAUAAUCUACAAAGCUUGUUGCUUCGUAGUUGUUAUGAGUUACGUAGCUUGCCAAAAAGUUUUGUAAAGUUAAUAAACCUUCAACAUCUUGACAUAACUGGUACUCCAAAGUUGAAUAAGAUGCCAUUAGGGAUUGGGGGGUUGACAAGUCUACGUACUCUAAUCAAGGUGAUUAUUGAAGGGCCUAAUGGGUUUGAAAUAUCCGAUCUUAAGGGCCUUUCGGAUCUUGAAGGUCGAUUGUCCAUCAUGGGGCUGGAAAAAGUGAUAAAUCCAAUGGAAGCCAAGGAUGCCAACUUACAUCAAAAGAAGGGUCUUGAUGUUUUGGAAAUGAAAUGGAGUGAUGUGUUUGAUGAUUCUCGAAAUGAAAAGAUUGAAUAUAAGGUACUUGAAGGGUUAAGGCCUCAUCAUAAGUUGAGAAACUUGAAUAUUUGGUUCUACAUGGGAACAAGAUUUCCAAAUUGGGUAGGCGAUCCCUCAUUUGAUCAGUUAACGGAGCUUACAUUACGUGGUUGUAGAAGUAGACAUUUACCAACACUUGGACAUCUACGCUCACUUAGGAAAUUGUUUGUUGAAAGGAUGAAUGAGGUGAAGACACUUGGUCUUGAGUUACUUGCACCUAGUAAUUCUUUCAUUGGCAUUGCAUUUCCUUCACUUGAAGUUUUGAAAUUUGAUAAUAUGCAAGGUUGGGAGAGAUGGUCAACUAGUGGUGGCAACAAUACUAUAACUACUACAUCGUUUCCUUGUCUUCAUGAGAUUUCUAUUAAACGUUGUCCAAAACUUGCUCAAGUUUCGGUUGGAUUGAUACCAUCGCUUUCGGUUUUACAUAUUGAAGAAUGUUCCGAAGUGGUGUUGAAAAGCAUGGUUAGUGUAUCUUCAUCACUCGUUGCAUUGAAAUUGUUGUGUAUUAAAGGAUUUACUCAAUUACAUGGAGAAGAUUUAGUACAUCUUGGGGCUGUUAAAGAUUUAUAUAUUGAUAAUUGUGAUGAACUAAAACACUUGUGGGAACCAACAUUGGAGGCAUCCAAGAUUCUUGGGAGUUUACAAAAGUUGGAGGUAAGUUAUUGUGAAAAAUUGGUAUCAUUAGAAGAGAAAGAAGACAAAGAAGUUAACUUGGGGAUUAACAUGGAAUGUGUUAAAGAAGUGAUACUCCGUAGUUGUGACACAAUGGAGAGUUACAAGUGUCAAAAUAGUGUAGAGAGAUUGGUGAUUGAUAGUUGUCGUUCAAUGACUUCAUUGACCUUCUCAACAAUACACAAACUCUCAUCCUCUCUCACGGAAUCACUAAUCAGUGAUUCAGAUAACAUAGAACCAAUUCCAAAGAAUAAUUUUGAUUUCCUUCCCAUCUUUUGCCUUACAUCUCUUCACAUUGUUAAUUGCAAGAAUCUCAAGUCCUUUCCUCACGAACAUUUUCAAAGUCUCACGUCAUUGGAACAACUGUUGAUACAUGAUUGUCCAAGUAUGGACUACUCCUUUCCUUCUGGGUUGUGGCCUCCUAAUUUACGUACACUACAUAUCGGAUGUUUAAAGAAGCCCAUGUCAGAGUGGGGCCCACAGAAUUUUCCACCAUCACUUGUUACGCUCCACUUAUAUGGCAAAAAUUCAGGGGUGGUUUCGUUUCAAGUGGCAGAAGCAGAAGAUAUGAAGAAUACCACUUCAGCAUCUUUUCUUCUUCCACGAUCUCUAGUUUCUCUAGCGCUCAUUGGUUUUAUGGAAGUGAAAUCACUUUCAGAGGUCUUGCAACACCUCACGUGCCUUAAACGUCUUGAUAUUUGGGAAUGCCCGAAGCUUAGAGGUGUACAUGACACAACUUCCAAACCAUCUUCUUUAACGAUAAGGGCGUGGUAGUAGAAAAAGGUUUCAAGGAUAUUUUGGGAAAACAAUUGUGGGUUGUUGGAUAAAGUGUUGGAUUCAGGUACCGAAAUCAAACUCAUAAUUUUCUCUCUGUCUCCAAUUUAGCAUUAAUCUUUGGGGCCGGCCUUUGAUAAACCCCAAUUCCGACCAUUGCUCCGAUGAUGUUUUUGUGUUGUUUGUUUAGGUUAAAGUAAAUGUAUCACGAAGUGUACGAGUAUAUGGAAAUCGAGGAGGGAGUUGUUGACGGGUUAGUGAGAGAAAGGAGGGGGUUGGCGGCAAGAGUGAUGCAAAGGCGGGGACAUUGGAAUCGCACGAUGGGGAUGGGGGUUGUAUAGGGCCAAAUCAUAUUAAAUAAAACAUAUAAAUAAAAAUACCUAGAAAAACUUAAUGGGGAAUAUGGUCGGUUCAAUUUUAACGGGACCAAGUCCACAAUAAAAGUUAUAGCCCAAAAGGACCAAACUUGCAAUUUUGAACUCAUUGUACUGUUUAGCCAAUGAUAUGUGUGUCAAGUACAAUUCGGGUUUUUGUGUUAAGUUGUGUGUGCAAUUAUUCAUUAGUAUUUAUAUUCUUUGACUUCCUGUAACCUAAAGUAUCAGACAUUCAUUCAAAAGUAAGCAAUGAAUUCUCUCUUCCA